CAACUAAAACGUCGUCAUAAAUCAAGACAAGUUUUCUUCUCCUCCCUUCCUCCAUGGCUUCUUCUGUUCAUGAAGAUGAAUUUGCCUUCGAUGAACGAAUGCUACGGUGCUUGCCCUCUAAUGUUGUAGACGAGGUACAUACGAGGCACGGUCACCGAAAACAUCAUGAACUGCCUCGCCACAAAUCUUCAGUAGAACCUCAGUACUCAAGAUUAUCACAUCAAAGGCCAAGAGUGGCCAAUGGUGGAUAUGGAAUGCAAGCAAUUUUCCUCGAAUCUGGGCAGAGAUCGUGUGGAACAGGGGUAUUCUUACCCCAAACAGCAGGCACAAAUUUCCAACCUCGCAAGAAGAAGCAAGGGUGCGCUCCUGUGCUCCUCCCAAACCGAGUGAUUCGAGCUCUGAAUCUCAACGUGCACACGCUAGGCUUGCAAAUUUCACCCCGUCAAGAGCCGAAAUAUGAGCCCAGAUGUGGAGACGAUUUCAGUAAAUCACGCAAGAAGAAAAGUGACCAGAGAAAUGUGUCGAGGCAAGGUGGUAUUAUUUCUCAUGACGCAAGGAUAUUUCUUCCAAAGGAAUGGACUUACUAGCCAUCUGGCUGCUUAAUAUAACCACAAGACCAUAUAAUGCGGAGCCCACCAAUAAUAAAACAUGGCAUAUUUUAGUGGUUUGUGCUGCGGCGUGUUACUCCAUUCUUUGACAAUGCUUUUAUUUUUUCCCUCCAAUAAUAAUAAUAAUUAACAGCACGUACCGUUUCUUUUUCUUUUCUUUUCUUUUCUUUUCUUCCUUUUGCUCCAUUUAGUUCUGUAGUUGCAAUGCACACUGUAUCAAUGAAUGCAGGAUGUACCAUUGUUACGCUAUUAUUAUACUAUUCCUAGUGAAAAUUAGCGAAUGAAUUAAACGUCCUGAUUUUUAAUGCU